UUCUGCCUUGAACUCUGGACAGACACGGAGCUUUUUCUACAGAUACACGACAGUCAACAUGGACGUGCACCGAGCAUCACACCACUCUCAAAUGGAAUAUAAUUUGAACAUGGAGGGCAAGCAGGCUGGGAAAAUGCUGCCCUGCCAGGAGGACCGCCUGGACAGCGGCGUUGAUUCUCUGAAAGAGGAAGACAUAGUUAAAGACUUUGAGGACAUGAAGAUGACAGAGAAUCGGGAGUUUACGCAGGAAUACGAGCCCUGGAGAGAUGUAAUGACGGACGAUGGUGACACGCUUCUACAUUUGGCCAUCAUCCAUGAAGCAGUUGACCAUGUCCGGGAGAUGAUCAAACUGUCCCACAAUCACCCCUUCCUCAAUGCACAGAACCACCAGGGACAGACUGCACUGCAUUUGGCGGUGAUCACAGACCAGCCGCAGCUUGUGGAGAGGCUAUUGAAGGCUGGAGCGGACCCAAGGUUAGCCGACAACAGCGGCAACACGGCCCUCCACAUCGCCUGCAAGAAAGGCUCCCUGGCCAGCUUCAGCGUCAUCACACAGAACAGCCCCAGCCACCUCACGGCGCUCAUGUCCUUCCCCAACUACAGCGGACACAACUGCCUUCACCUUGCAUCUAUAAACGGCUACAUUUCACUUGUGGAGAACCUUGUGAAAAUGGGCGCAGAUAUCAAUGCACAGGAGCAGUGCAGUGGAAGAACAGCACUCCACUUGGCGGUCGACUUCCAGAACUUGGCAUUGGUUCGUUGCUUGGUGGACCUGGGCGCAGACGUCAACAGCCUAAACUAUGGAGGGUUCACGCCGUACCACCUAACAUACGGUCGCCAAAACGAAGAAAUCCGGGAACAGUUGUACCACAAGACGGCGCAAGAGCUGAGGCCGCUGCCCGUAAGCGAGUCGGACGAAAGCGAAAUGGAGGAUUUGGACUUGUCGGAUGAUGAGUUGUACGAUGACAUAAAGUUUGGCCAAUAAAGACGACAACGACAACAACAACAAAAAAAAUGGUGAUACAUGUGAAGCUGCUAUAACGGGGGCUGUCCAUUCAAGGCCGACAAAAUGGCCACCAGGAGGUCCACAGGUGCUGGCCAGACCGAACCAUGAAGAUGUGAAGGCGACACCGAGCUGGUCCGAAUGCAAGAGUUGAGAUUGAAUUGCAAACGAAGCAAGAUCAUGAACUCUGAUAGUCCCUUAUGUAAAAUGUAUAAACUAUAUAUUCUGUAUAUAAGAGCUGUUAUAUAAUGUAAAUACAGAGAUACUAUUUUUGUACUUGUGAAUAUCUAGUGUGAAUUUAAACACUAUUAUGAGAGAAUAAAAGAAAAAAAGCCUUGAUAUGAAAA